ACGAGCCCAACACAAAACCAGCUGCGCGCUCCUCGAGGCCCGGCAACAACUUGUGUCUUACUUUAAACCCGCAGCUCAGAUGAGUUUAGCUUUAAACAAGAGCGCCCUCCUGCUGCCCCGUCUCAUCUGGUAGUAGAUUGGACGCGCUGCCCCGCCUUGUGCUUUGCCCCGCCACAAACCCAAAGCAUCUGCCACCAUACCCAGCGUCACUCUCGAUCACUCUCCCGGUCUCCCCUCUCUGGUGGGCAGCUCUGCCUUCUCCCCUCCCCCAACUCGCGGUGGGCACGGCGAUCUCGGCUCAGGGUCGGGGCCGCCGCGGCAAGCUGCUAGCGAUGGGAUCGCGGCGGCGUGACCUUCUCGCCCUCGCCGCCGCCGCCGCGGCGCUGCUGCUGUCUUGCUCUUUCCGCGGCGCGUCCGCGUCGUCGUUCGGCGACAACUUCGAGAUCACGGGCGCGGAGGACCACGUCAAGACCUCCGCCGACGGCCAGACCUGGUACCUCUACCUCGACAACAAGACAGGCGUCGGGUUCCAGACGAAGGAGCGCUACCUCUUCGGGUGGUUCAGCAUGAAGCUCAAGCUCGUCGGCAACGACUCCGCCGGCGUCGUCACCGCCUACUACAUGUGCUCCGACGUCGACGCCGCCCCGCAGCGCGACGAGCUGGACUUCGAGUUCCUGGGCAACCGGACGGGGCAGCCCUACAUCAUCCAGACCAACGUGUACCACAACGGCGUCGGCGGCCGGGAGAUGCGCCACUCGCUCUGGUUCGACCCCACCGCCGACUUCCACACCUACGCCAUCCUCUGGAACGCCAAGCACAUCGUGUUCUUCGUGGACAAGGUGCCGAUCCGGGUGUACCCGAACGACGCGAGCAAGCCGGGCGGCAACGCCUUCUUCCCGGUGGCGAAGCCCAUGUACAUCUUCUCCAGCAUCUGGAACGCCGACGACUGGGCGACGCGGGGCGGGCUGGAGAAGACGGACUGGGCCAAGGCGCCCUUCGUGUCGUCGUACCGCGACUUCGCCGCCGACGCCUGCGCGUGGCCGACGGAGCCCGGCGCGCCGUCGCCGCCGGCAUGCGCGGCGGCGACCGGGGACAGCUGGUGGGACCAGCCGCCCGCGUGGGCGCUGGACGAGGCGCAGCGGAUGGACAACGCCUGGGUCGCCCGCAACGUGCUCAUCUACGACUACUGCGACGACCGCAAGCGGUUCCCCGCGCCGCCCGAGGAGUGCGCGCUCCGGGGCGCCGGCACCGCCUCGUGACGGGAAGAAGCUCGCCGGCGGUUAGCUAGCAGGAUCAUCGGUUGAGGAGAUGAUCCUUCUUUUUUUGUGGGUGUGUGUUUCGGUUAUCGAUUUUUGGGGAGAAAGGUCGGUGGUAUACGGUACUCGGUGGUUGUCACGUUGGAACGAACAAUAUGCAUGCCGGUCAUUCUUUUGGGGGAAUGGAUUCAAUUUUGCUGCUCCA